AUGAUGAUGUGUAACUCGUCUCAAGUUUUAGCUGAGCCACUCAUGAUAUCAAGAUUAAUUCACACACAGAAAAUAUCAACUAAGCACCAAGUAAAUACCUAUUCACAUCAAAUUACGGGAAAAAACCUCAACAAGGUCUUCGCAAAAAUAUCACAAAUCAAAUGCUCAACACUGCAAAACCAAAAAGAUUGGAUGAUGGCUAGAAGCCAAGAAUGUAGCUGGAACAAUCUCCCUCAGCAUCCAUUAGAAAAAUAUGAUAUUGACUUUGCACAGUUUGAGCCAGAAAAAGAAGAGCAAGUAAUUUCCGGCAAGGCAAACGCUCUUUCCCAUCAUUGUCCCUACAAAUUCUUCUAA